AUGUACAAUCCAGUUGAGUACUAUUAUUCAAAUGAUUACUAUAUAUCUCAAAUAACUAAACCAGAAGUUGGUAGAACUAAUACAUCCUAUUCACCCAGAAAACUUAUCAUGGGAUAUUGGAAAAAAGACUAUAAAUAAUUUAUGAAAUAAAGAACAAUGAAUUUAGAAUCAAAAGAAAUACAACCUCAUUUGGUAAAGCAUAAAGGUAUCAAAUAAUCAUUCACUCGAUUGGCAGAAUCAAUUUUAAAUGUUAGUAAUUGUUUUGAAAAUAUUCCAAAUAGAUAAACAAAAACAGAUAGAUUUGUUUAAAAAUUAAAAAAUAAAAUUACCACUCCCUCACCAUCACAUUUUAAAGUAAAUAAUAAUGAGACUCACAAAGUUCCAGGAAGAAUUUAUAAGGGAACGCUUCUCAAAAAUUUUGAUAACACUUCUAAUUAGAUUGAUAACUCUUACAUUUUGGAUUCAAAAAAGGAAUUUGGAUUCUAAUCAAUAAGUCCUAAAAGUACUAAGAAAGAUCGUAGUCAAGAAUAGUUUCGAUUAAAAUAAAAAUAGAUUUCUAACACUGAUUAAAUUGUAACACCCCUCAAAAAUCUUAGAUAAUAAUUAAUGAUUAGAAGAUCUACUUUGAACAAUACAAAUUCUACAACUUCUUUUAAAAAAAAUACUUAUAACAUUGUUGAUGACAAAAUUGAAGGCAUGAAACUUGACUGUUUAUUAAUUAAACCUUGUCCAAAUAAUAUUAGCAAUUUGGUUAUGAUUCAAUUCGAAAAUGUGUUAGGUUAUGAUGAAUCCAGUUUUUUUGGAUUAUAACCUGAUUUUAUUGGUAGUAAAUAACAUGAAGAAUAUUUAGUAAUAAGAGAUCAUUAUUUUUAAAGAGCUACAUCCAAUUCCUCCUUUUAUAUACACAAAAACAUCAAAGAACUUUUCAAUUCCAUAUGUAGGGUUUAUUAGGUAGGAAUUUACACUCUUAAUUAUUCACAAAUUCUUAAAGAUCUAAUCAAUGAAAAAAAAUUAAAAAUUAAUGGUGCUUUUUAAAUCCUUGAUUAUAAAAUAGACACUUUUGUAGUUGAUAUUUCGAAUGUCUUGACUAAUUUCAAAAUUAAAAACCCUCAGUUGUUAAUUUUUAUUCAACCCUUCAAAUUACUUAAUAAGUAAGAAUACUUCAUUCCUAAUCAUACUAAAAUUCCUUAUUAUGAUUAUUAUGGAUAGAGAUUCUUCAUGCCAUAUACUAAAUCAAUACAUCCAAAUUAAUAUAGACUUUUAGCAUUACCUAAUUUAGCUAUGUAAAGUUUAUUUAAAAAUGAAGAAUAAAAUAAUGGAUUUGUGUAAAUCAAUUAUUUUAUAGAAUAAUUUACUCUGGCUUUGUAAAGUGAAAGCAAUUUUGCCCAAUUUCUUAACAAAAGUUAAAAUAGAAUCAAAUCUAUCAAUCAAUCUUCAUAUUUUAGAUAAAUUAAAUAAAGAUUGUUAUAAUAAGUGUAUUUUAUUGAUUAAUUAAACUUUAAUCAUGAUAAAUAUGAUGACAUUGAAUUUAAAAAAAAAGAAAUUUUAGAUCGAUCCUCUUUGAAGAUUGAAAAUGCCAAACAAAUGGAAAUUAUGUUAAAUGAUAUAACAAAUAGAAACAAAGAAAUACUUGAAAAACAACGAAAUUACAAAUGUGAUCACAAAAACAAUCUGUCUUAACUACACUAAGAAUUGUAGUAAUAAUUACUUAGAUUAAAUUAUUGUGAAAUGUUUGUAGAUUCAUGCUACUACUUACCAUAUUGA